GGCUCUGUUGGCAGCUGGCGACGCGGGGCGAAGCCGUGGCUGGUGGCGCCUGGCCAGUCCCGCAUCCGCCGCGGUGGGUGUGUCCGCAGGGGUGCGCCGGGGCCAGGGCCGAGCCCGCCGGCCAGAGGGCGCCUGGAGGGUGUGAGCGCCGCGGACGACCAGGGUGCGCCAGCCUGGGGGUGCGCGCCUGGGACGCGGACUGUGCACCCGGAGGCUGCGUGCGCCCCGAAGCCGGGGUGUGCGCCUAGCUGCCCCGGCCCUGGGCACCGCGGGCCGCCUCGCGCAGGACUUCCGCAGCUCGCCGAGAACUCUCCAACAAGUUUUACAGACUCAUCGGAUGAAGAGUACCUGAGACACUGAGGGUCAGCGCUCCAAAGAUGGAGAAGACAGAUGCCAAAGACCAGUCCUCUCAGGGGGAUGAAGAGAAAGAGCCUCCGAAGAGCCACCCUUACUCUGUGGAGACCCCCUAUGGUUUUCAUUUAGACCUGGACUUCCUCAAGUAUGUGGAUGACAUCGAGAAGGGAAACACCAUCAAAAGAAUUCCUAUCCAUAGAAGGGCCAAGCAGGCCAAGUUUAGCACUUUGCCCCGAAACUUCAGCCUUCCUGACAGUGGGGCUCGCCCCUCUGCGGCCCCGCCCCCCAACAAAUGCUCCCCAGUGGUGCCAAAGACGGCAUCGUGUGGGAUACAGGAACAACCCCAGUCACUGCCUCUUGGUAAUGACCCCCAGGCCUCAACCAGCGCGAGCGAGGUGAGCUACCACAGGAGGGCCCUGUUGGCAGAGGCCACCAGGCAGUUGGAGGCUGCUGAACCAGAGGACAUCGAGCUCACCCCUGGGAGUGGACGGCCCCAGCUGUUGAGAGCCUCCAGCAUGCCCGCCACGCUGCUGCACAGCAGGGCUUCUGAGGAGCCAGGCCUCAGCCCAGGGCCCCCCGCCCCUCCUCCCCUCCCUCCCCUUCAGGGUGAAGGCAGUGUCUGCCAUGGCACCUUUGGUCCCACAGAAGGAUUGGCAGGUUUCCAGAGCUCUAGCCCACAAGCACCAACUUGGAUUCCAGAGCUGGUCCAGAAGGGAGCGGAGCCUCCAGGGGGCAUGGUGAAGGCUCCAAAUCACCUCCCUCUCCCAGGCUCUUCUUCCUCAUUCCAGAACGCACUUGUAGUUCUAGAGGAUGAGGAAGAUGAACACAAAGCCAGAGAAGCAGAGGGGCUGUUCACCCCCGGCUCCCCCACACCAAGCCCUCCGCCUCUGCCGUCACCCAUCCCUGAGAAUGAGCUCCUCCUGGAAGAAAUCGAGCUCAACAUCAGCGAGAUUCCACCCCCGCCCCCUGUGGAGGUGGACGUGAGAAGCAUUGGCAUCAGGGUAACGGAGGAAAGCCUGGGCCUUGCCAGAGUGGAGCCGGGCAGCAUCUCCGUCCUGAAACAGCAGGUCUCGGCCCUGGAGGGAGAGUUGUCUGGGAGAGCCGAGGAACUGGCACAGGUCAGAGCUGCCCUCCAGCAGCAGGAAGAGGAAAUCAAGGCUAGGGAGCAAAGAAUUCGAGAGCUGGAGUGCACCGUAGCCCAGCUGGAAGGACAGCUUCACCAAGAGAACGCCAAAGACGCUCAGGGCCAGGCGGACGCCAUGGUGAACACUGACCCUGUCCGUGGACUCUUGACCAGGGACUUGUGUGACAAGAGCAUUGAGGUCAACCUUCUAGGCAGCAUGGAGUCUGAAAGCUGGGGGCACCGAGGAGAGGACAAUGGCUUCCUGUGGGGGCCAGGCAGUCACAAACAAGGGGACCAGAGCCCAGCAGGACAUGUGCUUCCACCCCCACUGUCACUGCCACAGGGACCCGAGCAGGUCCUCACCCCCUCUGUACAUAGCUUCCUCUCCACUGAACUCAGGAUUGAGGAAGCAGACUCUGAGCAGGAAGGAGGCCCUCAGGGAGAAGCCAGGGGACCAGGGGGCUCUCCGUGGGGCAGCGACAGAAAGACUCCCCCAGCAGGGAGGGAAGAGUCCAGUUCCGAGCUCCCAGGGAAGGAGCACUCGGGAAGGCCACCGAGCUCGCCAACAGAUGCCACUAUUGGGCAGUACGUGAAGAAGAUCCAGGAGCUCCUGCAGGAGCAGUGGAACUGCCUGGAGCACGGGUACCCUGAGCUGGCCAGCGCCAUCAAGCAGCCGGCCUCCAAGCUCAGCAGCAUCCAGAGCCAGCUGCUGAGCUCCCUCAACCUUCUGCUGUCUGCCUACUCGGCCCAGGCUCCCCAACCCAAGGAGCCCCCGGCCUCCUCCUCCUCCCCGCCGAUUGAGAUCUCCCCGUCGACCAGCAUUAAAUCCAUAAUGAAAAAGAAAGACUAUGGCUUCCGUGCAGGAGGUAAUGGGACCAAAAAGAACCUUCAGUUUGUUGGGGUUAACGGUGGGUAUGAGACCACCUCGAGUGAGGAGACCAGCGGUGAGGACAGCUCCCCAGAGGAUUUGUCUGACAGUGAAGCUGAGAAGAAGUGUGACGGCCCCGACCACAGGCAUGUCAAAGAUGCCCACCUCACCUGCGAGGCUGGGCAGGGCAUCCCUGAGGGUUCUUGUUGUGCCACCCAGGAAAGUGGGCCUGGGGAAGAGGUCCCCCACUCCAAGGCUGAGAGAUAUAAACCAUCAGAAGAAUUUCUUAAUGCAUGCCGGGCACUGAGCCAGCGUCUGCCGGAAACUGGGACUACCACAGACCAGCUCUUGAGGCAAAGCCUGAACACCAUCAGUCAAGAGUGGUUCCGCGUCUCCAGCCGGAAGUCAUCUAGCCCUGCCAUGGUGGCCGCCUACCUCCGUGAGGUCCAGCCUCACUCCCCACACUUCCUGCAGCUGCUUGUCAACUUGGCGGAUCGCAAUGGGAACACGGCCCUUCACUACAGCGUGUCCCACUCCAACUUCUCCAUCGUGAAGCUGCUACUGGAGACAGGCGUCUGCAAUGUGGACCAUCAGAACAAAGCUGGCUACACUGCCGUAAUGAUCACUCCCUUGGCUUCCGCGGAGACCAGUGAAGACAUGGCUGUGGUCUGGAAGCUCUUAAGAGAAGGAAAUGUGAACAUUCAAGCUACUCAGGGAGGCCAGACUGCGCUGAUGCUGGGAGUCAGCCACGACAGGGAGGACAUGGUUCAAGCGCUGCUUAGCUGCCAGGCAGAUGUCAACCUGCAGGACCACGAGGGAUCCUCGGCCCUCAUGCUGGCCUGUCACCAUGGUAACGUGGACCUGGUGCGGCUGCUCCUGGCACACCCGGCCUGUGACAGCAGCCUGACUGACAAGGCUGGCCGCACAGCUUUGUCCAUUGCUCUGAAGUCACCCACCCAUAUGGAAAUUGCUGGGCUUCUGAGAGCCCACGCGGAGCAGGGCAGGUCCCUGGGGCUGUAGGGGCUGCAGAAGAACUGGCAGCCGGGAACAAAAGCCUUCUUCUCUGGACUCCUCCCUCGCCCUUGGAGAAGGCAGAGGUCACAGGCCAGAGAGCCACCCCUCAAGAGAAGAAACUAUGCGAAAUAUGCACAUACAUUCCUGUUGUGUAAUUCUGCUCAUUAAGAUGCUUUGUAGUUUUUGCCUUAGGCCAAGCCCCAAAACUACAUGGGCUUCAGAGGAGGGUUCAAAGUGCAAGGCUGAGGGGUAUCUUGGUGUCAUCCAAACAUCCAAAACAUCUUCGGCCUUGAAUUCCUCCUGACUCUACCUUCUGCAGCAUUGUGUAGCAAGCAGGCAGGCAGGAGCACAGUAGCACAUUAGAAAAGCAAUACUUUUUACGUGGAAUUUUAAAGUGCACUAUCUUUUUAUUUUUAAGCAAGAGUAUACAAUUAUGUCCCAUUGAUAUGCAUGUCUAGAGAUGGGAGGGGAUUUAAGCCAACCUCCUGGCAAGCAUUCUGGAGAGGACCCCAGGAGAAUCACCAUGCAGACUGGUGAAACUGAACAAGCCCCAGCUGGGAGCUUUGUUUCAAUGGGGUUGACAGAGAAAUCUUAAAUUCAGACAAGGCAGGAAGUCUCAACUAUUUCUCAGUCAUCUAGUGGCUCCAGUUUGCUCUAGGGAAAUUGGAAUUAACUAAGAAAUUUAUUAUCUAGUAGUUUGCUAUGUAAUAAA